CUGGGAUCGGGCAUACUGCAACAACUCUGGAGCUGCUUACAAACAGCUGCCUCUUGUCGGGCACAAAACACCGAUCCCUGUUUUAGCGUUUAUUGCUGACAGCUGCCAGAAAUGUCAGAGACGUCAAGUGAUGCAGAGUCAUCCUGUGGCUGGACCAUUAUUAGUAAUGAGGGUUCAGAUAUCGAAACGCUGGGAUUGGAGGCUGCAGUGGAAUAUGGAGCCGAGCUGUUAGAGCGCCCUCCAGUGGAAGAGGCAGAGCUGCAUGACACACAGGCCUCUGCAUCUGGUGCUGGAUGUGUUGAAGAGAGAGGUGCUGAUUCCCUUGACGACACACUGGGAGAACAAACCGUAGAUGAGACACUGUAUGUCUCUGAGGCAGGAGACAGUGCUGAGGGGAAAGGGCAUGUCUCUCUGUUGUCCUUCAGCGAUCACUCUGACAUCGUGACUCUGGGAGACUUGAAGGAGGACGAUCACGCAGACGUGGAAGAGGAGGCAGCAGCCAAUGAGGAGUUUUACCUCGGCACGUCCUGCAGCAGCCAGUACGCCUUCACUGCUGCAGAGACUGCAGGUUUGAUGAUGAGUCACUGGAAGCUUCCUCAGAGUUUGGUGAACUUAGGCUACCAUCUGAGGAGCCAGCUCACUGGAGGCCGCUCUUUUGCAGUUUUCCCAGUGCAGCAGCCAGCAGUGACAAACUCGAGCAGCAGUGAGGACGAGGCGGGACAAGGCGCCAGCACCGUCAUACGAAGACGGCGGGUGAGGAAGAACACCACGAGCAUUGUGACAGACCCUGAGGAAGAAGAGGCACUGGAAUCUGGUCCAAGUGAAGAGGAAGAGGAGGUGGAAGAGGAGACGCAGCAGGAGGAGCAGGCUGAAGUUAGACCUGCUGCGGCUCUGCAUGUGCGAAUGCAAGGCCAGGGCAGCAGUAUACUCAACAAGUGUAUCCUGCUCGCCCUCAUCAUAGCCAUCAGCAUGGGCUUUGGUCACUUCUAUGGCACAGUCCAGAUUCAAGAAAGACAGAAGAAUGUGGAGAAAAUCAGAGUGAAUGAGCUUGAUAGUGUGAGGGAUCUGCUUCGAGAUGAACAUUUUACAAAACAGGCUCAGAGGGGAGACUUUGCCCUGAAAGACUUGGAUGAGCAAAAAGUUAUUUCACUGCUCACAGAGGUGAUUGAAAAGAUAAAGAAAGAGAACCAGGAGAUCAACGUCAACCAGGCGCACAUUCAGGCCCAGAGGGAUGACCUAGAAAUGUUGCUGAAACAGAAAGCUGAGGAGAGGACUAACAUCGCGGCUCAGCAACAGAGGCUGACGGCUGAAAACCAGCAGCUGAAAAGAUCGCUGGAACGCGAAGAAAAGUCUCUGUCCACUUUACAGGAGGAGCUGAGAAACCUGCGCUCUAAGAUUAGAGAACUGGAGGCGAAGGGAGCUGGAGCUGACUCACUACUGUCAGAAAACCACAGGCUGAAAGAGCAGCUGGAGGAGGAGAAGCAGCUGAUCAGAAACUUCCACACCCAGAGGGAAGACUUAAUGGCUGAAGCACAGACACUGAGGAAGAAGCUUGACAAGGAGAGGAGGUCCACAGAUGAGAUGAGGAGAGAGCUGACUCGUCUGAGAAGUCGCAUCCCUGGAGCUGGAAAGGAGGCCGGUUCAGAGGCAGAAGAGCUACAGUCACGUCUGAUGGAGCUGGAGAAGCGACUGAGCUUCGAACAGCAGCGCUCUGACCUGUGGGAGAGGCUGUAUGUGGAAACCAAAGAAGAAAGAGCCAAAGGAGACACAGAGUCCAAAGUGAAAAAACCGAAAGCGGGCAUGGCAGGGAAAGUGAAGGAGACAUUUGAUGCCGUGAAAAACUCCACCAAGGAGUUCGUCCACCACCACAAAGAGCAGAUUAAGAAAGCAAAAGAGGCUGUGAAGGAGAACCUGAGGAAGUUUUCAGAUUCUGUCAAAUCAACCUUUCGACACUUCAAGGACUCGGCUUCAACUUUCAUCAAUAAGGCCAGAGGCUUUUAUAAGAAGAGAUGUGAUGAGAAGAAUCCAAAAGAGUCCUUCCACAACACUCGAAAAUCAGGGUAUAAAGUCCAUGAAGAUAGAGGUCAAAACAGCCACAAAGCCAACUUCAAAGGGUGCUCUGGCGUUUUUGACUGCGCCUACCAGGAGUCUAUGAGUCUCUUCAACAAAGCCAUGGAGCCGAUCAGAGCAGAUGAAUUUUACCAGCUGCUGCAGAGCUACCUGCACCAGGAGGUCGAUCACUUCCACCACUGGAAAGAGCUGGAGAUUUUCAUCAACAGCUUCUUCCACAAUGGGGUGUUCAUCCACGACCAGAUGCUGUUCACAGACUUUGUCAGCGGGGUGGAGGACUAUCUGGCAGAUAUGCACGAGUAUCACGGGCUCGACGAUGAUGUGUUUGGAGAUCUUGAUGACUACGUCUACAGGCACUUCUUUGGAGAGACUUACACAAAAAGCUAUGGCCCAAGCGGGCCGUUUGAGAGACCCGACACCAACUCAAAGGAGGACUCACGCUCAAAGCAUCAACGCAAGCAGCAGAGAGCCAGAUCUCGACCACACAGUGAACGCAAGUGGAGCAGAUCAGGAAGAAACACAGACAGACACAUGGCUGAUGUCAAAAUAGAACUGGGUCCGAUGCCGUUUGAUCCCAAAUACUGAAAAUAUCGCACCAGGUUUAAUAUUAUAGUUGCACAUUCUAUUUUUGGUUGUAUUUAGAUGCAAAAGCUCUUUUUUGUAAGUUUGCACAAUAUUAACUUUUUAAUGCUACUGAACGUCCUCAAGCUGUUUUGUGUUUAGUGAAGUAAUCAUCAUUAGGUUUGAGUGAAACAUGUGGCUUAUCUAUUUUGUAACAUGAGAGAUUCGUGUUCAUUUAACAUUUGACAAAUGUUAACCACUUAAUUUUUAGGACUUCCUGCUGAAGCACCACUGAUUCUCAUCUGCAACCACAGCACUUUUGUUUAGAAAUAUUUAGCGGAAAAUGUUACUUGUGAACCCAAAGCUAAACAAAAAAAUGGAGAAAAAAAAACAAAAACAAAAAAAAGACGCCACAUUAAGGAUGUUUCCAUGUACAGCCAUAUAGUUGUUUUAAUUUGCUGCUACAAAGACAGGUCUAUGUGAUGUGGCUGUAUCUUGCUUUUAAAAUGCUGUUUUCUAACAUUCCACCUCAAGCUUGUUUCAACUGGACCUGGAAGUUUUGUUUUACUUUAACAUGAGAUGAGAAAAAGGCUGGAAAAACAAUUUCACACCAGAUUUUGUUGUGAAUAAUUGAAAAAAAAAAAAAAA